AUGCACGGUAUGAUGGCUAUUUUCAUCAAGAAAUCGAAAAGGAUCCCACGAUUUUGCUAUUUUUUUUGCAUUUCUUCACCGACUGUAGAUUCUCUUGAGGAGGAUCUAUGUCUGCAGAAGCAGUGCCAUUCUGGCGCUAUAUGCGAGACUUGGAAUGAUAUCGCACUGUCAAAGGUCACCGUAUGUGUCUGUCUUUCCCUUUACGAUCUGGCAACAUCUGGCAGGUGUCAACUUACAACAGGAGAAGUUUGCGCCUCUGACGGAAACAUCUAUGCUAACACUUGCCAUAUGCUUCGUACCUCAUGUCUACAGCAAACCGAACUAAGCAUAGUCUCGUGGGCUGCGGUCAAUCAGAAGGACUGCCAACAACAGGCUAAAUCGGUCAAACUACGACGUUUUCGGUCUCAAUCAAAAGUACACUACAAAGCGGCCACCUACACUCCGCAUUUAAUGUUUGAAGAUGAACAGCAAGGUGAGAAACCUCAACAGGAUAGUGUGCAUCCUAACAAGCGGGAACCAAUCGUACCAACAAAGAAGCCAGACUGUGUGCACACAUGCUCUCUGACUACAGUCCAACCGGUGUGCGGGAGUGAUGGCAACACCUAUCUCAACCCUUGUCUACUAGAACUGCGAGGCUGCAUAUCAUUACAACCAGCCGAACUUCACGCCGUACACUGGGGAUACUGUCCAGCCAGACCACCAGAUAUUGAGCCAAUUUUUUGCGACCAUGCCAACUACUGUCAGUUUGGUGCCAUGUGUGCAUCCAACCCCCAGCUUCCUUCUACAUACAAUCAUGACACCUUUUCAUUGAUGCGGCGCCAGGCAGGAAUUCAAAGCUCGAUUUGCACUUGUGGCCACUACAGAUGCUCUGAGAAAUGGUACAAAGAACCCAUAUGUGGAGACGAUGGGGUCACGUAUCCUGGAGACUGUUUUCUCAAUCAAGCUGCCUGUAUUCAACAAUCUCCCAAACAUAAACUUCACAGUGGUUCGUGUAAAACGGGAGUGAAUAACCCCUGCCAAGGGUACACUUGCCCUUUCAAUGCUUGGUGCAUACCCUCUGACGAUUUUAGCUCACCCAGAUGUAUUUGCCACCAAACCUGCUAUGAAGUGGGUGAUUCUGACGAUUCUGUCCCAGUUUGUGGAUCCAAUGGUGUGAAUUACAAGAAUGUGUGCCAUCUUAAGCGUGAAUCAUGCUCUCUCAAGAUUAAUAUUACCGUAAAAUACUGGGGACGAUGCGAUCCAUGUGACACAGUAAAUUGUCCAGUGGAUUCUGUUUGUCGACUGGAUGAGCAGCGAACCCCUAGUUGCCGAUGUAGUGACGAAGAGUGUGAUAUAUCAAUGAACCAACCCGUCUGUGCCAACGAUGGCAGGACGUAUUCCAGCAUAUGCGUUAUGCGUCAGCAGGCCUGUCUACGAGAUCAGCAACUUCAAGUUCUAUUCGACAACAACUGCGCAGCUGGUAUGAAUCCAUGCCUGGAACAGAGUUGUCCUUGGCCUGGCGAGGAAUGCAGAGUAGACAUUCAAGGGAGGAAGACGUGUGUCUGUCCGGAGCGUUGUCCGGCCAUUGUUAUUCCUGUUUGCGGUUCAGACGGCAUCACCUACGACAGUGUUUGUCACCUUCUGCAAAUGGCCUGUCUCAAAAAGAAGCAUAUAUGGGUUGUUUAUGCUGGACAAUGUCCUCCUUCUCUCAAGUGCAGUUGUCCAAUCUGCCCUGAGAGUGGUUUGGGUGGUAAGGUCUGCGGAAGUGAUGGAAAAACCUAUCAAAGUGAAUGCCACUUACGAGCCGCUGCUUGUCAGGGUGAAUCUUUUGAACUAGAAAUUAAACAACGUGGCGCUUGUGAUGCCUGUCAAAACAAGAAGUGUGAAUUCUACUCAAUGUGUCAAACUGAUGGUGCUGGUCGGGCCUUCUGCGCUUGCCCUACAAACUGCCUGAUGGUUAACAUGCCAGUUUGCGGAUCUGACGGCAGGACGUAUAAUAACGAAUGCUUGUUGAAAGUUCAUGCUUGUUCCAUUCAAAAGCACAUUUGGGUGAUUGACACAAAGCCAUGUGCCACAUGCUCCAAGCCCUGUCCUCUCGGGAUGCGGUGUUUGGGUGGACAGUGUGUGUGCCGAGAGAGCUGUCCCAAACCGAGUUUGGCAGGUGAGGUCUGUGGAACAGAUGGUCGAAUAUACCCCAGCGCCUGCGAACUGCGGCGGCAGGCAUGUGUUAAUAAGGUAACCGUGAAAGUCGAUGGCUCUGGACUCGCUUGUCGCAAACCCACCUACACCUCCAAUGCAUCAACUUCCAUUGAUAUCCAAGCAGGUGCAACACCUUUUAUGAUGCAUAAAAGGAUUUUGCAUUUGUUAAUAGAUCAAGUCCUUGAAAACGUUUGCGGAUGCAACAAAGUAGGAUCACGUGACCAAUUUUGCGAUAGUAAAGGACGGUGCAGAUGCCAUUGGGGUGUUGAGGGUACCAAAUGUGAUCAAUGCGCAUCGGGUUAUUGGGGCAUCUCGAAUGGCAAACCGUGUAUCAGCUGCUCCUGUAAUCCGUCUGGUUCAAUUGCCGUAAACACCUGCGAUUCAUAUUCGGGUCAGUGCAAAUGCAAACCAGGGAUUCGUGGACAGCAGUGCAAUAUCUGCCCCAAUGGAGAAUUAUUAACGGGUGAACAUUGUAAAGAACCACUGUCAAAGAUGCCUUCUGUAAAACCGGAGAUGCGCAAAACAGAAGAGGGGGCACUGGUGUCUGGAAUAAAUUUCACACCACUAGCCACAGCAUUUAUAUCCUUCACUCAGUUAAUAUCCCCCCCAUUUACUUUCACUCUUAAGUUCACGCCUUCUCCUGGUGUUUCUGAUGGCGAUAUUGCUCUUCUCGUUAUUCCACGUGCGGACAAAGUCGGCCAGUAUAGCUUCCUCAAACUAGGUAUAUCUUCUGGAAAUCUGGAAUUGAGUUAUGUUAGCAAACUUGGGAUGGGAAAAACUCGGUACAUUAUGGGAAAGCAUAAGCUGGAACCACAGCCAAUAAAGGUUUCUGUGGAAGUGACAAAUGACGCAGACUUAAGUCUUUAUGUGGCUAAUUCGACCAGUUUCGGUGUUUUCAAAGGCGCAACCUCAAGACUUAUUCGAUCUGACGAGUAUGGUGUAAUGACUAGCAAUCGCGGUAUGGGACUGGUGCUUGGAUGUAUUUCACCGAAUCGAGCUCUUGUUAGCAAAUGCGGAUUUUCCGGUUGUCUAACUGAAGCAGAGCUAGUUUACCAUCCAACCAUUGGCCAAGUGCAGAGGCAUGUCUUUGUCACAAAUGGGAAGGCGACUGGACUAAACUGGAAGCACUUACCCAGAGAUGGAAUUCGAGUUUGCCUUAGCCAAAUCUCAGGUCAGGAAGUACCAAAGAAUUUGCUUAGUUCAGAGGCUCUCAUCAAUUGUGACCUACUGAAUCCUUGUAAAAACGGAGGACAGUGCAUUUCAAUGACCGAUGGAAGCUUCAAGAAGUGCGUCUGCCUCCCUGGCUGGCAGGGUAAUUAUUGUCAAUUAGAAGCUGCAAUAAUUCCAGAAUUUAGUGGCAAGGCCUUCAUACGCCUUGCUGGUCCGACGGGUGCAGAAUCCCUUAAAAAACGGAAAAUGAGUGUGGAGAUUAUUUUUUUGCGAAAACCCGAUGAAGGAAUCAUUUUUGCCAUACCGCCAAGCCAAAACGGAUCAGAAUUUAUUGUGAUUCGGGCGGACUCGGAUGAGUGUUUGAAGGUCUACCUUCGUGUGGGUCGCAUUGUCCAAUUUUCCCAUAGCUACUUCUACAACUGGCUUCUGGAGCGCUUUGGACCACGGCAGCGACUCGCCAUUGCUAAAAUCUGCUCUGUAGCCAACGAUGAAUGGCACAAACUCAGUAUUGAAAAGACUAGUCAUUACAUGACCGUUCGACUUGAUGGUAAAAAAUCAACGAGACUGCGUCUUCUAACCAGCUUUGAUCUCUCAAGUAGUCCGGUGUAUCUUGGUGGAAUUCCAGACAAAGAGAGCCACUUUCUUGACGACUUUGUGCUCUUAAAGCAGUCUUUCGUUGGAGCCAUUCAAAAGGGAGUAGAACACUGGGAAGGGACUGUUCAAUGGCAGGGUCCACCUUGUGGAGAAAAUUAUUCAUUGUGUGCAAAGGAUUCAAAGUCGCUAAAACGCAUCUGUCGACCUUUGGGAAGUGGCUACGAAUGCUCCUGCUCCACUCCACUUACGCACAUGUCCUUUGUGCGUCAUCUGACUGCUUCACUACACGGAAUAGAUUUACUAAAUAAUGAAACUGCUCAACAGGAAAUUUCCGCAAAAGCUGAGGAAAUGGCAUGUGAUGAAGUCGCGACACGGAUCGGAAUGGCCUCCAACGACCUCCAGCACGAUGUUCCAAGUAAAGGCAGCGAAAUCGCGGUGCCAUUUAAUCAAGCUCGGCGGGAAGAGGUAGACGGCGUUCAAAGUCGAGUCGAUCAAUCGAAUGGAAAUGUGGUUCUUGAUCGUAAUUCAGUUCUCUUGAGUGGGAGGACCGUCAUUAAUUAUCGCGGUUUCAUAGAAAAGGAAAAUAUUUUAGACAACAUACGCAUUCAGUUAAAAACGGGGACACCGGAUGGCUUGAUAAUGAUGAUUCCAGAAAGAAGUCACCACUUUGAAGAGUUCAUCGCUAUCUCAUUAAGUAAUGGACGGCCUGAAGCCUAUCUUUCUCUCAAAAGUUCUGAUCACUCGUCACUACUCAAACGAGAUAGUACCUACCCUGAUGGAAGAAGAGUAACAACUUUGAAAGCGGCACCUUUCGUGGCUGAUGGUGAAUGGCACACGAUUCAGUUAAUAAGGAAUAAAGGCUAUAUGUCUUUAAUUGUGGAUGACCAGAUGGUCUCUGGUGAAUUAACGGAUACGGAUGGAAUACUAAACAAUGAGGGCGACAUCUGGUUAGGUGGUUCUUUGGAGCAAGUUACAACAUUACCCUGGCAGUACCAGCGAAACUUCACCGGCUGCAUCUCAGCGCUCUUCUUUAAUGAGGUUUCCAUCGGUUUGUUGGGUGACGCUGACCUCCUCUACGGCAUCGUAUCUGCAUGCUCAUGA